AUGGCUUUAGUAAACUUCACGGUGCCUGGUGCUAAUCCGGCGACUCUUCCGGUCGCGGCAACCUCUUCGACUCCGCUGCGAAUAGACCUCGAUGACUUACUUUAUUCCCCAGAAGAACAUCAAGCCGAUUAUGCCUCGCAGUACACGGGAAAUGAACCGUUUUCACCACCCUCAAACCAGCCGAAACGACCGAAAGUUCGGAAGCGUGCGGGGACAGCUUACCUACCGCCACCAAAUCAGUUCACCCAAUACCCACGUCCCAGCAACGUCCCACUCAACCCUUACAACACCCCACUCCAACCACCGCUAUACGAUCCCAAUUCGAGGCUCGAUGUCCAAUUACAAAACCAGAGAGCUGAAGAGAUAAAUAUGCAAUACGACAAUAAUGGACAAUAUGUCCAUGACCCAACAGGUGAUUAUGAUUACGAACAAAAGAGGAUAGAUAAAAGUGGAGCACAACUGCCGAACUAUCCAGGAUACGCGGACUUACCUUACCAACCGUCAAAUACACCCGAACAACCAUCUAGUCGAAAAUAUGAUACGAAUAAUAACUACAAUUUCGGCCCCGUGCCGACGUCAGCGCCAACACAACGAAAGCAAAACGAGGCUGGAAAAAGAAUAAAUAGUAGUGGUAGCAAUUUAAACCCUCCGGACACACCGCGAGGCUUCACCAAAGUUGAGACGGGUGGUGGUGGAAAUACACAACUGCACGCCGUGUUGGACUAUGAUGAUGAUGAAUACUACGAAGAUGAUAUGUCAGAUGGCGUGCCGGCUGUAACACCACUGCAAGGUCCCAUACUGUUAAGAAACGGAACUGUUCCAGUAGUGCCCCUGACGUCCUAUCCCACAGUCAACAAUGGUUCCUUUUAUCAAAUACCUAUCCUAUGGACCGCUCUGUCCUUGGCCCUUGGUUACGAGCUCCAAGGUCAAAUCAUCAGAGGUGUGCCAUGCGUGAAGCGAAAUUUCCAGCUUUAUUGUCCAACGGCGGGCAACACUUAUCCAUUAGAUAAAAUCGAGACCUUCAUAGAUGAAAACAAGGCGUUAAUAAAACGUAUGUAUGGCUCCUUUACAAUGCCCGGCGGGAGCAGGGUUCGCCGAGCGCCAGGUGUUCCAGAUAUGCACGCAGGAAUACCAGAUUCUCAUUCUGGAGAUUCCUAUUUUAGGCGUCACGUCCGCCAAGCCAAGCCAAAGCUGCCAGAUGCCCAAGCUGUAAACAGCACGGGAAGGGUAGACGCCUGUGAGAGUAAAACUGAGAUCAUGACUCCAUACUGGGCACUAAAUUCGGGCAGAAAACUGCGAGCUAUUGUGAACACAAUGCACUUCGAACAAGCCAUACACCAGGAAGUGUGCAGUAAGCAGUCCACAUCUCGUUGCGCAGGAGAUUGCGGUUGUGAGCAAAAGUACAAAUGGCACAGAUUGCUCGCGUACGAUCCGAGCGACGACUGCGCAGGAAUCUUCAUGGAUUGGUUCUUAUUCCCGUCUUGCUGUGUGUGUCGUUGCAAGCCAUAG